GACAAUGUAGAAAAGAGGCUGCGAUACGCGUAUAACCGUCCGGAAAAUUCCACCCAACCGGGAGUUUCAACCUACGUCACUUCUGAGCUGAACCUUUGCUGUUUCAUUGCUGUAAGUCAACUGUUUCACUGUUCAUCGGAGUCAAAAGCAGACGUCAAGCGGGGAUAUGGCUGCAGGCGACGGCCCAAAACCUAACAAGGCAAAAUCUAACAAAGACGACUACGCCCAGACUUCCCUCGCGACCUUUCACGACUUCUGGCAGGAUGCCAUUCUCACUGACGUAAAUAUUUGCGCAGACGACGGGGUCUUGCCUUGCCACCGGCUCGUUCUGGCGAAGAAUCCCGUCUUCAGGGCCAUGUUCUUGACUGAAAUGUCGGAAUUUGGGAAGGAGGAAAUCCGCCUGUCUGGUGUCCGAAUUGCAGAACUAAGAAAACUUGUCGGUUAUCUAUACACAGGGCGGGUGGAGAUAGAUGGUGAGCGGGUUCAAGAACUGCUGUUGGCGGCAAACAUGUGGCAAUUCUCCGGCAUCCAAGCCGCAUGUGAGAAGUAUGUAGACAGUCAUCUGGAUACAUGUAACUGCAUUGGGGUUAUGGCCCUUGCAAAGGCAGUUUGUUGCACGGCACUGCUUGACAGAGCCAGACAUAUGGUUAUAUCUCAGUUCUCUUCCGCUGAGGAGGAUCCAAACUUCUUGGAACUGGGGGAGAAUGACGUCAAGGAAAUACUAGACAGUGAGGAACUAGUCAUCAAAAGUGAAGAAGACGCUCUGACCGCAGUCCUGAAAUGGGUGAGCCAUAACACUCAACAGCGCCUCCACAGUUUCCCGGAAGUACUGCAGUGCGUGAGGCUGACACAUUUGAGACUGUCCACCUUGAGGAGGUUUGCGAACCAUCCGCUGGUCCUGGAGGCAAACGAAUGCCUGGAGAUGAUCACAAACAGUCAGGUUUACUUGAAGGAAAGAAGGUGUGACCAACAGAGGAAAAGUCGUCGCAGUGCCACACACGAAAUAGUUCUCCUUUUUGGUCAGCCAGACCAGGAGACACAGAAAGCAGAGAGUUGUGAGGUACUAUGCUAUGACGAAGAGGAUGACAGUUGGAGGAAGGUAACGCAGAUGCCACAAAAGCUAUCCCUAAUGUCUGUUGCAGUUGACGGGGACACUGUGUACCUCACUGGCGGAACAACAGACGUUCGCAAUCCCAAAGCCGGCGUACAGAAGUGUGCGUACAGCUACAGCUUCCUCCAGGAUACGUGGAGGGAGCUUUCUGACAUGCACGUCGCUCGCUACGGUCACAUAUCUGCCGCGGAGAAGGGUAGACUUUACGUGAUCGGAGGACAACAGAACGACAUGCCAACUGCUAGUACUGCUAGUGUGGAAAUGUACACAGAAGACACCAACACGUGGACAAUAUGCAGCCCGUGCCCCGAUGUACCCACGACUGUACAAGCAUGUGUCUCCCACGGUAACCUGUACCUUCUCGAUCCAGUAGACACGGGUAUUUUUACUGAGGAGACUGAAGAGCCAAAUGAAAACUUCCUGACAUUCCAGAGUUACAACCCAACUGAAGAUGAAUGGAAAACUGUGAAGGAUACAGCUAUGUCGGUCAAAGCUGCGGGUGUAUAUGGUAACCAAAUCCUGGUUGUAAAAACUAACACCACCGGACACAUGCUGUCGUACAAUCCUGUGAACCAGACGACAGACAAGCGACCUAGCCACGACAGACCCCCGCACGUGUACACGACUGGAGUGUACGGCGGUCUGUUCCAGUGUUGCGAUGAGCCCCACGACUACCUGUACCGCUACGACGACAGCGGGCCGACGGGCGGAGGACUUUUCCAAGAGUCUGUGACGUACCUGCCAUUUACUGCGUGGAACCCCGUCACCGUAACAGUGGACAAACUGUCGUUUGGAUGGUUUUGCAGAGAUCUUGACAUUUUUGGCGGUCAAGAACGCAGCAACGUGUCUACGAAAGAAGGAAAGUCGGAAGAGACAGUACAGUGA